AUUAAUAUCCUACAAAUAAUUUACUCUAUGAUUAUAUCAGAGUAACCAUUGUCAUAGAAUAUACGGUAUUAUUGUAACCGUGUUCAGUAGUGAUAUUUUUAUCACAAAUCGUGUUAUCUAAACCAUUGAGAUACUUUGAAGCCCAAAACGGUGAAAGCGAAACUCCAGACUCCACUACUCCAGUACUCUGCUAUAUAGUCAACUAGUACUACUAUUUAAAAUUUCAAGUUUCAACAGUGCGCCAGUUCGGUCCACGGCAGUCCAACCCGUCAAUUAGGGGUGCCUAUUCUGCGAGCUAUCCAUGCGGUUUAAGACUGUAGUACAUGUACGAAAUACACGGUUUUCAAAAUGAGCAGCAAGGUGGUAAACGAGAGUAGCAUGUUCUACAUUGACUUUUGUCCAAAUUGCUCAAACAUUCUUCAUUUGGACGAGUAUUUGGGAGAGAUGAGACAAAAAUGUCAAGUGUGUCCGUACUUCUCAGCAAUCAAAAACGUCAUGCUUGCUUCCCGAUCGUUUUACAAACUAAAAGAAAUAGAUUCAGUUCUGGGAGGCAAAGCUGCUUGGGAAAAUGUGGAUUCAAUUGAUGUAGUUUGUAAUUCAUGCAAUCAUGGCAGAGCGUACUUUUUACAAGUUCAAACUAGAUCAGCAGAUGAACCUAUGACUGUUUUCUAUAAAUGCUGUAAUUGCGGACACAGAUGGCGAGAAUAAAUUGUUGACAAAGAAAUUUAUUAUUAAGACUUAAAGAAUAUACCUAAUUAAUAUCAAUUAUAUACUAAAAUAAAUAACACAUGGUUUAUAAUUUUAAAAUUAGAUUUUUAUUCUAUAAUUAUUCUUUGAUAGUUAAAACACUACAAAAUUGUUGUUUUUUUUUACAACAAUCAAAAGAAAACAAAAAAUAUUUAUUUACAAAGAAACUGUACAUGGGAAUAUUUGCCUUAAGAGCUAUAAUUACUUUAUUUAUUCAUCUUGUGUGCAAAAUAUGGAAAUAAAAAUAAUUAAUCAAAUUAAUAUAAAAAAUAACUUAUGAUAGCUCUACGAUUAUAUAAAACCAAACAACAAUUAAUUGGAUUUAAAAAUUAUCAUAAAAGGUUAAAGGACUUCAUACCUGUAUAGACAUAAUUGUCUAACAAAUGCUUAAAACUACAUUUUUAUUCAGAAUCACUGACCUGCAAAUAUGUUAUAUUUAGUAUUAAAGGGAAUUGCCACAUUAUCAAACUUUUCUAAUUACCUAUAUAAGAUAAUUCAAUUUAAAAGUGUUUCCUCAGUUUAAAUUAAAAUAUUGAGAACACAAAUGUUUAUAUCUUUAAUUUAGAUGGUAAAUUAUAGGCCAGAGUACUUUACAUAUAAAAAUAACAUGUUUGCAGAUCAUAAAUUAACUAUGUUAUGAUAGAGAUAACAACCGUUGUUUAACAUCUUCUAAGGAAAUCAGUCUCACAUUUUACUAUGAAUUUUGUGCAUUGUCGGAAUAUUAUAAAUACCAAUAACACAACAACAUAGCAAGAUUUAGCCCACUUUGGUGCUUAUUAUAUUUCAUUAUAAGUUAAGUUGUUAAAACUAAAAUUAAUUAUACAAAUUAAAGUUUAAGACUAGAAUGGUAUUCACCACACAAUGUCGCAGUAAUUUUUUACAAGCCCUAUAAGUACACUUGUA